CUUCUCCAGCUCCUCCAGUUACCACAACAUGCCAGGCUGUUGCCUAGUGAUGCUGCGCUAUAAAGCAGCUCCCUGCACUUGUACGUGACACAACAUCCCCAGCCACUCAUCUCAGGUGAAAAAGGGACUGCUUCAAGCAACGAAAACAUGCGUGAAUGUAUCUCUGUCCAUGUUGGCCAAGCUGGAGCUCAGAUAGGCAAUGCCUGCUGGGAGCUCUACUGCCUGGAGCAUGGCAUCCAGCCGGACGGUCAGAUGCCCAGCGACAAGACCAUCGGAGGAGGAGACGACUCCUUCAACACCUUCUUCAGUGAGACUGGAGCUGGAAAACAUGUUCCCAGGGCUGUCUUUGUGGACUUGGAGCCAACGGUCAUAGAUGAAGUUCGUACAGGAACCUACCGCCAGCUCUUCCAUCCUGAGCAGUUGAUCACUGGAAAGGAAGAUGCAGCCAACAACUACGCCCGUGGACACUACACCAUUGGCAAGGAGAUCAUUGACCUGGUUCUGGACAGGACUCGUAAACUGGCUGACCAGUGCACAGGGCUCCAGGGCUUCCUCAUCUUCCACUCCUUUGGAGGAGGAACCGGCUCUGGCUUCACCUCUCUGCUGAUGGAGCGUCUCUCUGUCGACUACGGCAAAAAGUCCAAACUGGAGUUUGCCAUCUAUCCAGCCCCCCAGGUGUCCACGGCCGUGGUGGAGCCCUACAAUGCCAUCCUGACCACCCACACCACCCUGGAGCACUCUGACUGCGCCUUCAUGGUAGACAACGAAGCCAUCUACGACAUCUGCCGCAGGAACCUAGACAUUGAGCGUCCCACCUACACCAAUCUCAACAGGCUGAUUGGACAGAUCGUCUCCUCCAUCACCGCCUCCCUGCGCUUUGACGGCGCCUUGAACGUGGACCUGACGGAGUUCCAGACCAACCUGGUGCCCUACCCACGUAUCCACUUCCCCCUGGCCACCUACGCCCCCGUUAUCUCAGCAGAGAAGGCCUAUCAUGAGCAGCUCUCGGUGGCUGAGAUCACAAACGCCUGCUUCGAGCCAGCCAAUCAGAUGGUGAAAUGCGACCCUCGCCACGGCAAGUACAUGGCCUGCUGUCUCCUGUACCGUGGCGACGUGGUGCCCAAAGAUGUCAACUCUGCCAUCGCCACCAUCAAAACGAAGCGCACCAUCCAGUUUGUGGACUGGUGCCCCACAGGCUUCAAGGUGGGCAUCAACUACCAGCCUCCCACUGUGGUUCCCGGAGGAGACCUGGCCAAGGUGCAGAGGGCUGUGUGCAUGCUGAGCAACACCACCGCCAUCGCUGAGGCCUGGGCUCGUCUCGACCACAAGUUCGACCUGAUGUACGCCAAGAGGGCCUUCGUCCACUGGUACGUCGGAGAGGGGAUGGAGGAGGGAGAGUUCUCAGAGGCCAGAGAGGACAUGGCUGCCCUGGAGAAGGAUUACGAAGAGGUGGGAACUGACAGCGUUGGGGAUGAAGGAGAGGAAGAGGGGGAGGAAUAUUAAGAUUGAAAUAAACAAACAAAACCAACACUGACUGGGUUCUUUUUAGGUGUCAGUAUGCUUUGAACAAACUAGGUUGCACGAUGUGUCGUCCUACAUUUAACUUCAUAUUCACUUGGGUUUUAGACAUGGUUUAAAGGCCUGCUGUCAUAGAGGGGGACAAAACCUGCAAUAAAUGGGUAUGAAGGCACACACUUUGAGUCUCUCCUGAAAGGCAUUAAUGUUGUUGGUCUCUUUUACAUACAUACAUGAAAAGUGACGUCAAUCGCUGUGUGAAAUGGACAUGAUUGACGAAUAGUCUGUUUCGGAAAGUUCCAAAAAUUGACAGGCGCCAGGUUUCGGAUGCUCUUAGACGAUUGCACAAGAACUUUGUUUGAAGCAUACUGAGGCCUUUUGUUGCCACUCAUGUUCAUUAUCUAAUGGAAUCCAGUUAGUGAAAACGUACAUCUCAAUAACAAGGUUAUUUUUCUUUGUGUGAAAAUCAACAAGCCUGGUUGGCAGUAACUGUGACAUUUAGCUACUGUUAAAAUGCAAAUUCAUGCCCAUAGGUGCUAAAUGUCCUCCUAAUCUUUGCCUGCUUUCAAUGCUGUGCUGCAUAACAACAGAACUCUGUUUUACCAUUGUAUAGCCACUGUAAGGCUGCACUGUGUAACAAGAGAAGUGUCAAUUGAGUGAUAUAGAAAACCCUACUGUUUACAAAUUCCUUGCCUUGAAGGCAAGGGAUUAGGAACUAUAGAGUUUUGUUGAGGAAUUUUAAUUAUUAAGAUAAAUUUAUUAAGACAUCUACUCUACGCUAAACAGAUAGGUGUUCAAAUUUUAUAGCGAUAUUCUAUAUUUGACAGAUAUUAAUUAACACAUGUCAAGCCCUGAAUGAUCUGCUGAAUUCAUGUCAUUAGCUAGGGAGAUUAAGAAGAAAUCAGUGUCAAGAUAUUGUCUUUCCUAUGUGUCCUUGUCUUGAAGCAAUAAACUUAGACAUGUUUCCGUUGGUGUA